UCCAACAAUUAUUAUUAUUUACUUGAAAGAUUUCUCUGCUUUCGGGACGCUCAGAAAAAGUGCAGCAAGAAAUGCACUUGCCAUUUUUCACCUUAAACAUUUGAAACCACAGGGGGGCGAUGCGCUCACGCUCACAGAGGAAAGUUGAUCAACUGCCAUCUCAAUUGAAACGCUGUGAAGGAUUUCGAUAGCGCAUAUGUCUACGUGCUUUACAACUCGUAUCACCUCUUGUCGGAAAGUAGCCUACUUCAAACAGACGGUCAGGAUGCUGUGCUCACAAGCACCUUGGGACUCUGGCAGUAGCAGAUACCUGAAGGGAAUUUGAAAAUCAAAAUGAAGUCUGGAUUUAUUCAGAUGCUGAGGAAGAGGAAAGAGCUGAUUCCUCUGAUCGGCUUCAUGGCGUUGGCUGCUGCAGGAGCCACCUCUGCCUCCUUCUACUUCCUAUUUACAAAGAAUGAUGUCAUAUUAAAUAGAAGCAGAAACCCUGAACCCUGGGAGAGACUGGACCCAUCUAAACCACAGAAGCUGUUCACUAUCAACCAGAAAUGGAGGCCCAUUGAAGAACUGGAGCUGGUGAAGAGCAUGACCAAGUGAUCUCUCUAUCUCUCUCUUUCUAUCCAUUCCCCAUUUUGUCUGCACUUUAAACCAGCUGUCUGGCUGUCCCAGAGAUGUAACUGCACUGUACUGCACUAUAGAUGACUAUAAAUGUGACCAUAGCUGUUUGUUUGUGAAACAUACUGUAUGUGUGUGUGAAAUAAUAAUUAUUGCAAUAGAAAAUGACCAUUGCUCGUGUUAUUAAUGAGGAGUGUCUACAUGGAGUUAAGUACGUCCAUUCUGGUGGUUGUUUUCAAAAGCUUGUGUCCCCAACUAUCAUAAAGGUAACUUUAUCACA